AUGGAGCCGCAGGUGACGGGGGUGGUGAUCAUCUCCCUCCCGCCUCCGGGGGACCCCUCCAAGGGGAAGACCAUCACGGCGUUCGCCCUCCCCGACGACCCGGGAGACUUCCUCCUUCAUCCGGAGUGGCAGCAGCGCAGUAUAGAUGUGAUGGCGCCGCCACCGGCGGCGGCCGCGGCGCCCGUGUUUCCUCCAUCGGCACGGUGGGUAUCGCCCAGGAGAGCCGCCGUCUGCGUACUGGGGGCGUCCAUGAUGGUCUUCGCCAUAUGGGCUUGCCUCUACUCCGAGGCGCCAUUCGAGUUCCUGCGGAGCUCCGAGGAGAGGGACCGGCGGCGGCGGGACGGCGAAUCCCUCCUUCUUCCCCUUUUCCCGAAGCCCGGGGGACCGAGGUUCCUGAACCAGGGGGAGGUCAAACUAGGCUCCGCAACCGGGGGACGACAGGUCCGCAUGGCUGUGUCCUCCGCCGCCGCCAACUCCUCCGCCGCAUUCCCGAUCAGAGGCAACAUCUUCCCAGACGGGUACGCUUCACUCCUCCUCUUCCUCCUCUUUCAUCUUGCCGCUGACUUCUCCACCCAUCUGCCCUCCUCCCAAAAUCCCGGAAACGUAGAGGAACUUCACAUUGGGGGGUCAAAUCCGAACCCACCCAUCCUAGAGAAUCUAAAUCUUAUGUCAAAACCACGGAGAAAAUCUCCAGCGAUUCAGAGGUAGUCAACGCGUCGAGUCAAGGUUUUUCCGAAGCAUCCAGUGAUGUUUCUUCCAUAGACGCGCCGCAGGCUGUAUUACACCUCCAUCCGCGUCGGGAAUCCACCUCGAGAGUACUUCCUGGACGUUGACACCGGCAGCGACUUGACGUGGAUCCAGUGCGACGCGCCCUGCCAGAGCUGUGCCAAGGUGCUGCCCUCUCUUCAGCCCUCCGCAUAAUUCCUUCUCUUCAAUCGAAAUCCCGAAGAAUCCGACAUGGGUUCGGUGAAAUGAGUUCGAUUUAACCACGAAAGAAGCGCUUUCUUCUUCUUCUUCUUCUUCUUGUUCUGCAGGGACCCAACCCGCUGUACAAACCUAGAAAGGAGAGCAUCGUCCCGGCGGGGGACUCUCUGUGCCUGGAGCUACAGCGGAACCAGAGGGCGGCACCGCACGAUUCCAGCCGGCAGUGCGACUACGAGAUCGCCUACGCCGACCACAGCUCCUCCGUGGGCGUCCUCGCGAGGGACGAGCUCCGGCUAGAAAUGGCCGGCGGGAAGCAGGUCCGGCCGAGCUUCGUCUUCGGGUGGGUACCUCCCCUUUUGUUGGAAAUCCCGCCGCCACUCUUGUGGUUGCAUCGAUCGUUGACUCACCAGUGGGGAAAAAAAUCCGCCGCAGGUGCGCGUACGACCAGCAAGGGCAGCUCUCGGCCUCCCCGGCGAAGACCGACGGGAUCCUCGGGCUGACCGGAGCGAAAGUCAGCUUCCCUUCUCAGCUGUCGGAGCAGGGCCUGAUAGCCAAUGUGGUCGGCCACUGCAUCAAGAACGGCGGCGGUGGGCACCUGUUCUUGGGGGUUGACUUCGUGCCUCGACGGGGGAUGACUUGGGUCGCCAUGGCCGACUCUCCGACGUACGCAUCUUCCUCAUCAUCUCCUCGUGGGAUUCGUAGGACGACGAGAUUGGAAUUCAUAAUGCCUGCAUAUGAUCAUCUCGUGGUAUGAUUUACUGAUUGACUUUAAUCAUCUAAAGUUGACGUUCGUGGAUGUUUCUAGGAGCUAUUAUCAGAUGGAGAUCGGGAGACUGACUUAUGGGAGUCGCCCGUUGGGGAAUAAUAGGAAGAGUCCGGGGGGAGCGAUCUUCGACACCGGCAGCUCCUACACGUACUUCACGAAUGAGGCAUACGGCGACCUUCUCUCUUCGGUGGGGCAUUUUAAGGAGUCAACCCAUUGACCAUUUUUCCUACAUUUUACGUAUCCUUCGGUGAAUUGCGUCUCGUGAUCUGUGUUUAUUGGCAGCUCAAGGACACCUACCCGAGGCUGGUGCGAGACGAAUCGGACCAGACGCUGCCGGUUUGCUGGCGAGCUGCUUCUCCGAUCAGGUAUGAUUGUCGACGGAAGAACUCACGAGUUAUUCUAGCCUUAAUACUUGCUCAUUGAUCGUUGACUCCAAACUGAUCAAAGAAGGCAAAGUUGAUGCUUUAGGAAGUCAACAGUGGCGCUUCUUAGGCAUGUUGGGCCUGGUGGAGGAUGUGGGGGAGAGAGAGAGAGAGAGAGAGAGAGAGAGAGAGAGAGAGAGAGAGAGAGAGCUCACAAACAAAAUGUGGGUGCAUGUUGAUCAGUGAGAGUAAUUGAGAAAGAAUGUUAACUUGCCGAUCGGUGAAGGUGAAGUUUGAGAGUUAGAGAGGGGCAAACAGAGCUUACAAACACAGUGACUGCAUGUUGAUCAGUGAGAAUAAUUGAGAAAGUACGUUAAUUUGUAGAUCGGUGAAGCAUGUGAGGCAGUUCUUCUCUCCCCUGACGCUGCACUUUGAGAGCAAGUGGUGGAUAAUGCCUCGAGUUCUUCGAAUCCCUCCCGAGGGCUACCUCAUAUUGAACGUACGCCAUCGAUCCACUCUCAAACCCUAGCAUUCUCCCCCCCAUUUCAUCCCUCUGCUCAAGAACAGGCCCUCACCUCGCUCUUCAUCCCCUCGCCCCCCCUCCCCCAGGACCUCGGCAACGUCUGCUUGGGGAUCCUCAAUGGCACCGAAGUCCACGACGGAUCCACAACCAUUCUCGGAGGUACUGAUCGAACGAUCUAGGGUUUUGGGUCAUUUCGGCCUCUUCAUCAUCUUCUUCUUCUUGUUCCUUGGGCAGCUCUGAACUUGCUUCUUCUUGCAGACAUCUCCUUGAGAGGGCAGCUGGUUGUGUACGACAACGUGGAGCGGCGAAUCGGGUGGGUCCAGUCCGACUGCCGGAAGCCGCAGAGGGCGGCGGACUUCCCCUUCCUCUAA